CUGUAGUAAGCACCCACACAUCUUAUUUAUCCAUUUUUCCAUUCAGUACUAAAAUACUAUGUUCUGUUGGAAGAGCUGGGGUUUGGUCUGUACACAAUUUACUUCCAAUCCUUUUACUGCCAUAGCAGGCUUUUCCCGCUGGUACUAAACUUAUUCAAAUUGCCCAAAUGGAAGAAUGCUCCCUUGGCUGUGUUCUCUUGUCCCUGGGAAACCAUUAGGUAUUCCUGCCCUUUUUGCAUAAGAUUGAGUUUUCUACUUGGGGUGGCUUUGUUUUACCUGGGAGAGAGAUUACAUGGUGUGUAUUUGCAGCAGGUUGCCAUUCCCAGGCUAGUCUUUUUCCAAUUAAGAGAAGAUUCUCCCCAUCUGAACACUAGCUUCUAUUCAUUGGAGCUAAUAUUUGUGUGAAAGUUAACUAACUACUCCAUCGGAUUUCUCUAGUAUAAGCCCCAUCAGAGUCUUAGGAGGCCUGGCUUUUUGUUUUUAAGUUUGUAUGUUAGCACACAUUUAAACUGAAAAAAAAAAGUUUUAAAGCAGAAUAAUUUCUCUGCUCCCAGACAUGAACAUACUAUACUGUCUUAAUGUUCAAGUUCUAGAAAUUUGAAGAUCUAAGUACAGACUAUGCACCCAUAUUAUUAUUAUUUUUUUCAUAUUCUUAGUAAUAGAUGGUUUGCAGUGGAUAUAAUUUGGAGGCUAUGUUUUAAGAUAUAUAAGUGAUCAGCUAAGCAAGUGGAGUAUUGGGAGGCUGGGUACUGAAGUGGUUGAGUUUGGAUUAGAAUUCUGGUUCUUUGAACUAGCCAAAGGUUGUAUUUGGUUUUCUAUAAUAACAGCUGCCUCAGAGGGUUGUUGUAAAGAUUAGACGAAGCAGUGUUGUAAAGCACUAGUACCUGGUUAGCUGCUCAGAAAAUGGUAGCUCCUGUCAUCAUCAUGCAUCAUCAUCAUCAUCACCCAAGUCUCUAAAGCCUAGACUUGUUGAGAUAAAAGCGAGUAUUUAGAAAUUGGGAGAACAGCAGCAUUUUGAGGGGAUGAAUUUAAAGACUCUCAGAGGAUUAUCCAGAACUAUGCCCAGAAUGAAAUCAAAGAGAAAAGAGACCUGAGGUACCAAAAAAUGUCUGUGUGUCUCCAGUCUUCAAAGAAAAUAUUUUCAGAUCCAAAACUAGAAAGGACAUGGGUGAAGUAAUGCUCUUUGCAGUUGAGGCUCACAUCUGAGGGUCCCUAUCCUCAGUGUUAACCCUUUCCCAUUCCUCUGUCCUGUGCCUCGGUUACCCACUCAAAACAGUGUUCCUUCUCCAAGGGCGGGCUGUGUUAGGAGGGGUGUGACCCAUUGCAGUCAGUUCAUCUGACACACACUCCCGGAACUGGACCAUUCUCUGUGCUGGAAUCUACAUAAGGAUGAAGGACAGGCCAUCUCUGUCUUCAGAGUACUCAGAGAUUUGAAGGGGAGGUAGUGAAACUGCCAGUUCUAACAAGUUCUCAGCCAGAGGUGGGCCCAGGAGGCAGUGGGGGAAUGAAGGAAGGACAUCAAUUGAGGCCAGAGCUGUCAGAGUUGGGAAGGAUUCCUAGAGAGACAUUCUCUUUAUUGUUGAUGGCACAGAAGUACUCUUUUUUUAACCUUCUCUUCUUUUUUUUUUUUUUUAACACACUAAUGUCACCUUUAUUUUGUUGUGAUUAUUUACAUAUUACCAUAUCCUAGAUUAGAAACCCACUUAUGGUCAUUUCCCAUGGGAAAGAAUAUCCUGAGCUCCCGACAGGAAGGCAGGGGCUGGUCUUUCCUGGCUUCCUGCUGGUCCUUGCCCUGCAGUCAGGGUUUGAAGUAUGAGGUGGGGAGACAAACAAUGGCAGAGCAACGUGUGGGGCUGGGGGGCAAGGAAGGAAAAAGUGGCUAGCAGUUUAAACACAUCCUAUGUCUCAGCAACUGUGGUAGCUGUACACAAACAUCAUCUUCUUAAAUUUCUCUUCUUGGCUAUGAGGUAGGUGUCAUUUCCAUUUCACAGAUGAGGAAAUAAUCUCAAAGAGGUUAGAGACCUUGCCCAAGGUCAUCAAUUCAUUCCUUUCAGGAGCAAGUCUUUGAAGGCAAAGAUCCACUCUAAGGGGCCUUGGGUGGAGUUUGGUGGAAGCAAAGGGGCUGGAGGAUGUGGUGGUGAAGGUGGUGGGAGGGCAAUCCCCUGGCUUCUCCCAAGGGCACUGCCCAAUCACAGACUGAAGUUGAGGGGACAGAGGGCACGGAAGGGCAGGUCCUAUGGCCAUGUCCGCUUGGGCAGCAGAAGUACCUUAAGCCCCUGUAUGAGUUGAGUUUUCAGUAAAUGUGGUGCCUCACCAAGAGGGCAGGAGAACUCACAGAGGAUGAGGUGUAAUGUGUGAUCACCAUUAUGCAAAGUCCACGCCAGUACAAGAUCCCAGACUGGGUCUUCAACAGACAGAAGGAUAUAAAGGACGGAAAAUAUAGCCAGGUCCCGGCCAAUGGGCUGGACAAUAAGCUCCAUGAAGAUCUGCAGUGACUGAAGAAGAUUCAGGCCCAGAGAGGGCUGCACCACUUCUGGGGCCUUCGUGUCCAAGGCCAGCACACCAAGACCACAGGGCGUCAUGGCAGUACCCUGGGUGUGUCCAAGAAGAAAUAAUCUGUAGGCCUUGUCUGUUAAUAAAGAGUUUCUAUACGUGUCUCCCCCAUAAAAAUAUACAUUCCCCUGGGUCAGAAUGAUCCAAUAAAUAUCCGGCACAGGCCGUCCACGAACACGCGCGGGUCCAGGUGACAGGCGAUGGUGGCGCUGGGCAGGUCCUGCAGGUCCACCUCCUCCAUCUCACAGUCGAUGAAGCUCCAAUCGCCGCUGCUCUCGUCCGCCUCGGCCCCCGGAGAGGGGCGCGAAGGGCCGCAGCGUCACCCCGGGCCGCGCUCGCGCCUCGGCCGCCUCCGCAGCUGCCCCGAGCCGGGCCCGGCCUCACGGUCCUCCAUCCCCGCGCUCGUGCCCGCGCGCCCCCGUGCGCCUCCGCAGACUGCGCUGGGCUCGCGCGCCCAAGCCUGGCGCUCCCUGUCCGCGCCGCUGCCGCCGGCUCCGCGGUUAACCCGCUCCUGCUGGCACGGCUGCCGGCGGCGGACGGUCACCACGGCUCCCGGAGACGCUUUAACCUUCUCUUCUAAAAGAAAUGGUUCUCAUCGUUUGAAAUGUAAAGCUUCUCAAGAAAGCCUUAGAGUCACAGCAAGAAGACUCCAUGGCGUUCAGCCGAUAAUUAUUUACUAGGGAUCCACUGCGUACCAAGCAAAGUAACUAGUACCCAAAGAUAAAAGAAAUAAGGUACAGUGCCAAAGUAAUACUAGUGAGUGUUAUAACAGAAGAGUCCAUACAGGAAAAGGAGAGGGCUGAGGUUUCACAGAGCAAGUGGCAUUGGUCCUGAACAAGUAGGAGUUAGGGGAGAGGUUGAAAAAGGGAGCCUGGAGUGAGUGGGAGGACAAAUAGUGAGCCCAACUUCACACUGAGGGAACAGGGAGACACAGAAUUAUGAAGAAAAGCAUGACCUUUUAAAGAAUGUGAGUAGUUUGUGGGAGGAUUGAAAGGUGUACAGGGUAUUUUGAAGAGUAAGUCAAGAAAGACAAAGGAAGGUUGGAACCAGGUUUGAGGUUACUUAGGGUGGAUUGAGAACAGAGCCAAAGAUGGGAACCCCGGGGGCCUAUGACAGGGUAACUAACAGGUGGGUGGGGCAGGAGCCUCACUAUUUCAAGGAGACCUGAGAAGCUGCACCCAGAAAGGAAGGAGGCUAUGGAAAAACUUAGGAAAGCGACGGUUCAGAAGCUAAUGGAGGAAAGAAAUUUAAAGGAUUGUGAAGUGCCAGGGAGAGGUUAAAUAAGGGGGACAUUGAAAAGUGUCCUUGGGAUCUGAAUAUUGCCCCCAAAUGGCAGUGCUGGAGGUAACAUCCAGAUGCACGAGAUUGAGCCAGAUGCACCAGGUGCUGUGAGGACUUCAAGCCAGAGAGUGUGGACUCAUCUAUCAAGGAAGAAAAUUUAUAAGUGGCCACCCAGGGUAAGGGCUAACACCUGUAACCAGGAAAUAGCAAGGGUGCUCUUGGGGAGAUUGAACACAUGUUUGUGGCUGAGUGAGAAACACGCAAAGGUGAUCAGACUGAUAGAGAACUUAAUCUGAAGACCCUGACUGUUGGCCUUGUACUGUAUUCUUAUGCUCAUGAGCUUUGUGCACAUUUCAGUUUAGAAUUUAUAUCAACAGUGAGGUCUCUGAUUCUUAUCAAGUGCAGUCUCUGACCGCUGUUCCCAUAGCUCACAGUUCUAGAAAUGACAUAAUGAAACCCUUUAUCAUUAUUGCUUAAGGGAAAAUUGCAUUUGAUUUAUGGGUUUUUAAAAAGUCGGGUGAGGCAAGAGUACCUGUAGACAUGAAGGCCAAAGCAGAUACUAUUUUAGAUACAUCCUGUAAUGAGGGACCCUGUCAUUUGAAGUAGGAUUGAAUUUUUUCUCUGCCUGUAAAGUCUUUGAACAUAUGUUU